AGCCAGUCCUCAUAAUGGCGACAGCUGCGGUGUCUGCCCCUGCUGGCUGCGGCCCCAGCCCCGGGCCGGGAACGGAGCUCGUCCGCGGGCAGGCCUUCGACGUCGGGCCUCGGUACAGCAACCUCUCCUACAUCGGGGAAGGAGCCUACGGGAUGGUGUGCUCUGCCUAUGAUCGGGACAACAUGAUACGUGUGGCCAUAAAGAAGAUCAGCCCUUUUGAGCACCAGACGUAUUGUCAACGCACCCUGAGAGAGAUCAAAAUCCUUCUGCGCUUCAAGCACGAGAACAUCAUUGGAAUCAACGACAUUAUCCGCACGCCAACCAUUGACCAGAUGAAGGACGUAUAUAUUGUCCAGGAUCUCAUGGAGACAGACCUGUACAAGCUCCUGAAGACUCAACACCUGAGCAACGACCACAUCUGCUAUUUCCUCUACCAGAUCCUACGAGGGCUCAAGUACAUCCACUCUGCCAACGUCCUGCACCGCGACCUGAAGCCCUCCAACCUUCUGCUCAACACCACCUGUGAUCUCAAGAUCUGUGAUUUUGGCUUGGCUCGUGUGGCCGAUCCCGACCACGAUCACACUGGUUUCCUAACAGAGUAUGUGGCCACUCGUUGGUACCGGGCACCUGAGAUCAUGCUCAACUCCAAGGGCUACACCAAGUCCAUAGACAUCUGGUCAGUGGGUUGCAUCCUGGCUGAGAUGUUGUCCAACAGGCCAAUCUUUCCUGGGAAGCACUACUUGGAUCAGCUUAACCACAUUCUGGGGAUCCUGGGUUCUCCCUCUCAGGAGGAUCUCAACUGCAUCAUCAACAUUAAGGCCAGGAACUAUCUUUUGUCGCUGCCGUCGCGCUGCAAAGUGCCGUGGAACCGCCUCUUCCCCAACGCUGAUCCAAAAGCUCUGGACCUGUUGGACAAGAUGUUGACCUUUAACCCCCACAAGAGGAUCGAGGUGGAGGAGGCCCUGGCGCACCCUUACCUGGAGCAAUAUUACGACCCCACAGAUGAGCCUGUUGCUGAGGCUCCGUUCAAGUUUGACAUGGAGCUGGAUGACCUACCCAAAGAGACACUGAAGGAGCUCAUCUUUGAGGAAACUGCGCGUUUCCAGCCCGGCUUUCGGUCCUAACAUCUCACACAGGUUACUCUGUGGACUGGCUUCUGCGUUGCCACUGCUCCUCCCCGCCGCCACACUGUUGCUGUGAUAUUUUUUUUUUUUUUUUUUUUUAAAUUCUCCUCUCCUGUUGUCCACAUCACCCGGAUUCCUUGGGUCUCACUCGUCAAGUCCACUUUGCUCAGGAAUGGCGUCAGGAAUCAAUCAAUCAAUCAAUCAAUCAGUCAUUCUCUGUCUCUCUCUUCUCUUUUGUCUCUCUCUCCCUCGGAGGUAAGGGGGCAGGGGGGGGGUCACAUCACAGCUUACAGUUUGGGGGUGAUUUUGUGUUUUAAGCCAAGAUAAACAAUUUAUUUUUUUGUGUGUGUCUCAAAGGCGUUUUGCUCUGGCUAAUCUUAUUCAACAUCUUUUAUGUCCUGUCAAAACACAGUAAUAGACGAGCUGUUGUGUUUUUUGGUGCAACUGUCGUGACUAUAACUCUGCCUACAUUGCAUCAUGAAAACACAAGGUCUUUCGGAUUUUCUAACCUUUGUCGCACUGUUACAAGGGAUAUCUCUCAUCGUUUUUCCCUCUUUAUGUGUUUGAAAAAAGAAAUACCCAAAUGAAAUUAACUGAUUUAUGCAAUGAAAUCACAUAAUCAGCCAGAGACUUUGCGGGCCACAAGCCAUCACUUGGUGUUGAUGAGGAUCAAUAUUUUAGCAACGACCUUAUAUUUUAAACCUUAAAACGCUCACACAGAAGGCCCAAUGCACGCAUAUAUAUAUAUAUAUAUAUAUAUAUAUAUAUAUAUCUAUAUAUAUAUAUAUAUAUAUAUCCUAAAGAGUCUUACGUCAUUUUAAUGGCAAGUGUGACGAUAGAAGUUGAUUCCGAUGAAUUUAUAACCUUUUUUUCUUUUUAUUAAAACAGUAGGGGAAAAAAAAGCCCAUUUUCAUUUCUCAACGGCUUCAGCAAGACGCCAGUUUGUUGCUUAAAUGCACCAAAUUACAGGUGCAUCGAAGAGUUUCACCAUCAAUUUCUGCCUUAGCCAUGAGAAACUGAAGGAAAAGUCCGUUUAUUUCACACAAGUCUGUAUGUACAGUACGAUAUUUUUUCAUAUUUGGGAAAAUUUACUGCGUCAGGACAAGACUUUAGUUAUCACACAGAACUUGAUUUGUCUGGAGGAAAUGUUGUUGUGCCUCCCUUUUUCAUCCUGUUUCGUGUUUUCUUCUUUCUUCGGUCUCUGUUGAUCUCUCUCGCUCUCUCUCUCUCUCGCCUUGUUUGAAUAAAACUGUGCCCUUUGCAUGACUGUUAUAAGCUCUGUAUACAAAGACGACGAUGUUAAGUGCCACACAAGCCGGGCAGAUCCGCGGGGAGAGCGCCCAGGCUCUUUCUCUUCUACUUUUCGUGGUAUAUCACACCUCCCAGUCACAUGGUGCUUUCUGUCCCGUUUCUUUCUUCUGCUUCAGCGUGCUCUUCAUCCUCUUUUGUUUUAUUUUUUUCAUCUCUGUCGUCGUUUAUUUCUACAGCUUUCGAUCUCCUCCUCGUUUUUAGCCAAACUCCACGAGGAUGCGAAGACGUCUCGUUGCGGUUGCAAAUAGGAGAAUAACCAUAUAUCUGUAUUUAUACCGAUCAGAAAAAAACACAAAACGUGUUGUUUCCUGAACCUGAGAAUUGGGAUCCGGGCAUGAUACAGUUGAAAUAAUACUCAAACGUAACAGAUCGUGUUUUCCAUUCAGUCCUUUUGUAACUUUUUUUCUUUUUGCUUUAAUUGCACAUUUUCAUACUGAUAAUAGUUGGCAGUGUCAGUACCAGCAGACAACCGCAGUAUAGCUAAAAACAAACAACAAAAAAAACAAAACAACUGCAGCAGAAAUCAAGACCAUAUUUUCACUUCUUGUCAGUAACUGCUGAUUAAAGACUGUUGAAUUUGAAGAUUUUAUUUCAAGUGAAAGGAAUUAAGACUUUAAAGAUUAUAUAUGUGGAUUUGGAAACCUUUUUUUGGGGGGGGGGGGGGGGCAGAAGCAGUGAGCAACUCAAAUGUCAUUUCAUUUGAGUAGCACUGCAGUGUCUACCGGCUGUCAUUUCAUUGUGUUUACAAGUGGGCCUCACAUAUGUUCGGUGCCGUGGCACACCUAGGCGUCGGUCAGAUCACAGUGCUGCAGCUUCGAAGGGAAAGCUCAUUUGGCAACAUGUGAGUGACCUAGCGAAUGAAACGAAGCAGUGUUACUUGGGAAACUAAAGCGUCUCAAAGUGGAUUCCUCAAGAAUCCGCCUCUGCUGGCACUUACAGUUAGAAAUCGGAGAUUUCAAUCAAAGACUUCGGACCUGUUGAGCUGCUUUGGCCUAUUUUUCCUUCUUUCCGAUGCAUUCGGUCUGUGACAAAGGUGAUUGGGGCGAGCGGCAAAGUCAUGAUUUUUAUGUUUCUAUCAGAAGACGGGAGACGUCAAACUCAACUUUUCAUUCUUACUCUACAUUCACAUAAAUGUCAAAAGCAGGUGUGAGUUGUACAAACGUUUCUCUGAGAUCAGAGCUACUCUGGUCAAAUUAAAUCGCAGUGGACGGAGCCAAAGGAUCAGUUUUACUUUGUAUUAUUGGCUAAAUAACAUCAGACUGAGUCGGAGUAGGAAAGUAGGGGCUGUUAUGAGAGGAGGACGCUGGAGCUCCGCCCAAAUACACUCGAGCCAUAAUCGGCCCGUCACUUAGUCUGCUCCCGGCGCUCACCUGGUGACACCACUGGCCCCAGGUGAGGGGUUAGACCGCUGGAGGUCAGCAAAACCAGACUUACAGAUGGUCUGAAGUUGCUUCUUAAGACGUCAGAUUGAUCUGUAAUUAUCUUAGUAAGAUCAAUAGCCUGCAGAGCUAAGAUGGCAGAUGUGUGUCUGUGAUUGAUGGAGGGGGGAAAAAAAAGAAAAUCGGGAAUGCUUCGUUUUUUACAGGUCUGUACAUUCCUAGGAUGAUUUCUGGGAAUAACUUUGUCAUUCGGUCCUAAAUGUAAGUGAGCUAAAGUCAGUGUUCAGUAGAGCUACAACAAACGAUUCUUUCCAUCGUCGUACAGUCUGUCAGUUGUUUAAAUGAUCAUGGUUUGAUCUGUAAUAAAAAUUUCAAACAGUGAAGGGAAAAUGCCCGUCACAAGUUCCCAGAUCUCUCUGAUAAAUGACAGAAGUCAAGAAGCCUUGGUAAAUGACGUAAACAAUGAAUCAUUUAUCAGAAUUGUUGAUCAAGUCUUCAAUUGUAAGUCCGUCUAUUUCCAGUGAAUGAAUUCCAAUUCAUUUCUAAGUUAGCGUAACCUAGAGAGUCUUUAGGCCGUACAGAGCACGUCAGAUGAACGUGCAAAAAUGUGCAAUUUGUCUGGAGGCGAGAAUACAGUCCAAAAUACAUGAAGAAGAAGGUUUUCUAUUAUAAAUGGAUGAUGAAUCCGUAUAAGCCUGAGCUUAAAUGGUGCUGUUGUUUCAAAGGAAUUCCUCUGAAAAUCAACGGCUGCUUUUAAACUUAACACAUUUCAAACAAACCUUCUUUCUUUUUUUCCAUAUAAUUAGUGUGAGACUGCACCGUUCCUUCCAGGAGAAUUUCAAGAAAAUAUUACAAAAUAACGCCUGUAAAACUCAAGUGUUACCAGACACACGAAACAAAAAAACAAUUAUGUCUAAAAAAAAAA